AGACCGUCACACCUGUUCAUUCACUGUUCUCAGACAACCAACCUGGACAAACACCUGUGAAACAGAGAAGCAUCUUAACAGACCUGUUCAUUUUCAUUGCAGAAAUCUUUCUUGUAGUUAUAGAUAGACAAAGUCAAGGAGAACCAGGACAGGUUGACCAUGGUGGCGCAGGGGACUAAAGAGUUUUAUGUGGAGAGAGACGUUCUGGAUGAGCCUUGUCUGGACGAGAGAGCCCGGAAGAGGACACACUCUAACAAACCCCCCCUGAGACAACGGUUAAAAGAUUCCAUGAGAUGUUCAGUGCCCAGGUUGAAGAGCAUUUUCCUGAGCUAUAUACCCAUCCUGUCCUGGCUCCCCCAGUACCCCAUCAGGGAGACUAUCAUGGGAGACAUCAUCUCGGGCUUCAGUGUGGGGAUCAUGCACCUGCCUCAGGGUAUGGCCUACGCGCUUCUGGCAUCCCUUCCUCCUGUGACUGGCCUGUACUCUUCCUUCUACCCUGUUCUGGUCUACAUUAUAUUUGGCACCUCCAGACAUGUGUCCAUAGGUACAUUUUCGGUGGUUAGUGUUAUGGUUGGCAGUGUGACAGAAAGGUUGGCAGUAAACAGUAAGUUCAUGACUUACAAUGGGACCAAUGGAACUGCGGUGUUAGAUACAGUGAUGCAGGCUGCCUACAGGGUACAGGUGGCAUCCUCUCUCAGUCUGCUGGUGGGAAUCUUCCAGAUUCUCCUAGCCUUGGUGAGGUUUGAUUUUUUGGCAACAUAUCUUUCAGUGCCUUUGGUUGGUGGAUACACAACUGCUGCAGCCAUCCAAGUGGUCCUUGCACAGCUCAAAUACAUAUUUGGGGUUGAACAACCUAAGUUUAAUGGACCGCUCUCUCAAGUUUAUACCUUUGUGAAUAUCUGUUCACUGCUCCCCAAGACUAAUAUAGGCACUCUUGUGACCAGCCUGGUGACAGCGCCCAUUCUCAUUGUGGUCAAGGAACUCAAUGACUACUACAGCAAAAAGUUGCCUCUUCCCAUUCCUAUAGAACUUAUAGUGGUCAUUGGAGCAACAAUUAUAUCAUACUACACCCAUCUUAAGGAGAACUUUCAUAUUAGCGUUGUGGGACUGAUACCCAGCGGGAUGAAUGCCCCUGUGGUCCCUGAUUUGACUCUCUUCCCAGACUUAAUAGGCGAUGCGUUUGCCAUAGCUGUCGUUGGCUACGCCGUCGUCAUUUCCUUGGGCAAAACAUUUGGCGUCAAACAUGGCUACAAGGUAGACAGUAACCAGGAGCUGCUGUCUCUGGGUCUCAGUAACUCAGUUGGGGGGUUCUUCCAGUGCUACCCCAUCUCCUGCUCCAUGGCCCGCAGUCUGGUCCAGGAGACCACCGGAGGAAAAACACAGGUUGCUGGGAUAUUCUCGUGCGCUUUUUUGCUGAUUAUCAUUUUGAAAAUAGGCUCACUGUUUGAGAAACUGCCCAAGGCUGUCCUGUCCGUCAUUGUGUUUGUAAACCUAAAGCACAUGUUUGAGCAGUUCGGAGACAUUCCAGUUCUGUGGAGACGCAACAAGAUUGAUCUGAUGGUGUGGGUGGUAACUCUGGUGUGCACCAUUCUAUUAAACCUGGAUUUGGGCCUGCUCGCCUCCAUCGUCUUUGCCCUGCUCACUGUCAUCUUCAGGAGCCAACUGCCGAGGUACUCUGUCCUGGGCCACGUCCCCGGGACAGAGCUGUACCUGGACAUGGACACCUAUGAGGAAGCUAAAAAGAUAGCAGGCAUCACCAUCUUCCAAUCAUCCACCGCCCUCUACUAUGCUAAUGAAGAAUUCUACAAGACGGCCCUGGAAGAGAAGAGCGGGAUUGACGUCAAGAAGAUGCUGACCAUGAAGAGGCAGCAGGAUGCAGUGAUGGAGCGUGAGAAAAAGAAAGAGGAAAAGAAACAAAAGAAAAUGGCCAAGAAACUGGGCUUGAAGGACAAGUCCAGUGGCAAAGACCAGCCUGACGACAUGCAAACAGACCAGGGGAACGGAAUACCCCUGUCCAUUAUCGAGGUACCCACCGACGGGCAGGACAACUGGGCUUUCAGUAGAGACAGCAUUAUCUCAGACACUGGGACCACCGUGGACAUGAACCAGGCGGCCAUCCCUGCAGUAGAAGAAGAGGAUUGGCGGAGACUGGACACACACACCAUCAUACUGGACUUCUCCACAUCCAACUUUGCAGACACUGUCACAGUGAAAACAUUGAAAAACAUAUUCAGAGAUUUUGGAGAGCUUGGCGUUGACAUGAAUAUAGCAGGUUGCCAAGUUUGCGUAAUGGAGCAGUUGGAAACUGCAGGCUUGUUUUCUGAGUCCAUUCCCAAGAGUCUCCUCUUCCCCACCAUUCACGACGCUGUGUUACACAGCCUCAGACUGAGGGGGGGAACGGCCUUGCACAACUAUGAGAACCACGAGUAUCCACCAGAUAUGAUUAAUGGGACCAAGAUGUGACCAAUAGGGGUCAGCUUUCCAGCUCACCUUCCUCAUGUUGCUGGUUUCCUGCUUCCCAUUGGUUGUCCUCUCAGCCCCCCCCUCUUGUGAGGAGCAUGCACCACUAUGACACAGUGGUCAGUUGCCAUAGAGAUAAACAGAGCCAUUGCUUUAGAAACUGUCUUUUUAUGAUGAGGUAAUAAUGAGGUAUCACACAACAAGUCUCUGCAGUCCUCCUCCUGUGUAUGUGUGAAAUAGAGAGAGAGGGAGGGAGGGGGGGAAGCACAAGAGAAUGUAGCACGAGAUGACUAGAAAUCUGUAUUUAUAGCAAGAGAGAAUGUAGCACGAGAUGACUAGAAAUCUGUAUUUAUAACAAGAGAGAAUGUAGCACGAGAUGACUAGAAAUCUGUAUUUAUAGCAAGAGAGAAUGUAGCACUAGACGACUAGAAAUCUGUAUUUAUAACAAGGGAGGAAGUGUAGAGAGGGAGUGAGAGGUUGACUGUGAGGACAAAACUGGGACUGUUUAUGGAAUGCAUUUGCAAAAUAUUUUUUUCAUUGUUAUUCAGCCUAUUGAUGAUUUAUUUUUUGCGUGUAACAACCUUUUGACAGAUGCAUUUUAAUCUUUAUGUAAAGAACAAAUUAACAUAUUUUCUAUAGACUCCCCAGUCAGUUUCCCAUGAUUACUUACCAAUAAUUCUCUUGAGCAUAACAAUCUGCUAAGAUAUCUAAUAGGGGUGGGAAUCUUUGGUAACUCACGAUUCGAUUCUUGGGGUCACGAUUCGAUUAAAAAUCGAUUCACAAUAUUUUUGAUUCACAAUAUUUUUGAUUCACGAUUUUAAUCAAAUUUCGGUUCAAUAUAUGCUUGCAUUUGAUUCCAGUUUGCUGUUUAGUGUUACUUGUUUCUAUUUGACUGUGAUAGGCAGUUAAGUCUUGAAGAAAAAAAUCCCAAUGCAUCAAAACCUUGAAAUGUAUUGUUUUUCUUGCAGAGUAAACUCAAAAACUCAAACAUUUGUGAAUCGAUAGGAAUCGCUAGAAGACUGAAUCGCGAUUCAAAUGCGAAUAUCGAUUUGAUAAUUCGAUUCCCCCCCCCCCACCCCUAUUAUCUAAUAAGUUAUCUGUUGUUACAAACAUGCGUUACUGUAUGCGCAUUCACCGCUGAAUGAGUUAUGUAAGUCGACUGUCUUUCAAUAUAUUCUGUGGAUUGGGAGUUAAAUCGGUGGGGUUUGAGUCAAAUAAAAAGACUUGAUAUGUA